AUGAAGAGAUACUGAACAGGAGCAAAGGGGGAGGGAAUCCAGACCAAGCGGUAUUGCACCGGACUGAAACUGACAUUUUUCCAAAAAGGAAAGGGAUGGAAAGAUAUAAGAAGAGGAGGAAGAAGUUUGUGUGUAGAGAGAAGGGAGCAAACCUCUUCUAAUUACCAUGGCAAUGAAAAGUCUAGUGUGUCUAAAAGUCUUGAAAAGAGACUCUUCCUCAUGGUCUCCAUUUGUUAACCUACGGCUAAUCGCUGAGAAAGGUGGGGGGACAAAACAUGACCUUAAGUAAAACAAAAUACAAACUGAGUUUAUAUUGUGGUAGCAGUUUUGCAUUUUUUUUUUGCAUAGGGAGGGAGAGAGAGAGUGAGGGAGAGAUGGAAAGAGGGAAAGAGCCGAUUAAGGGAAGAGUUUAUUAUCAUAGUUAAAACAAACAGACAGCGAGGGAGUGAGGAGGUUAGCCGUGUGCUAUUGGUGUGACGUCAGUAGCUUGGGUUGAGGUGCUGUGUCCUGCUGAUUUUAAUCCAUGCUGAUUAGGAAACAGAAAAAAAAGCAAGCUUGUGUUCGGGCUCUCCAGGGAGAGACCAGCGUAGAGUUUUCACUGGAAGGAGCAGAAAAGGGAGGAAAUUGUUUUUUUUUUUUGUUUUUUUUUUAAAGUCACAGCAAAUCGACAGCCUCAAUCAGACCACGAAAAUACCCUGGGGAAAAAGGAAAACAGAGAACUCCAACAGAGGAAAACAAAGACUUAAGACUUCCCAAACCUCGCCGUUCGAAGGUCAGUCAGAAUGCCCACGAAUGGGACCAGCGACGCUCUGAAGCUCCAGUUCGGGCUCGUCAACCAGGAGAACCGCUACCUGACGGCGGAGGCGUUCGGCUUCAAAGUCAACGCCUCGGCAACCAGCAUGAAGAAGAAGCAGAUCUGGACUCUGGAGCAGGAGGAGCAGGACGGCCAGGCGGUUUACCUGCGCAGCCACCUGGGCCGCUACCUGGCCUCCGACAAGGACGGCAGGGUCACCUGCGGGGCGGAGGAGCCGGAGCCCGACUGCCGCUUCCUGGUCGCGGCGCAGUCGGACGGCCGCUGGGCCCUGCAGUCCGAGUCCCACCAGCGCUACUUCGGCGGCUCCGAGGACCGCCUGUCCUGCUUCGCCCAGACCGUCGGGGAGGCGGAGCUGUGGGCCGUCCACCUGGCCCUCCACCCGCAGGCCAGCCUGCUGAGCGUCAGCCGCAGGCGCUACGCCCGCCUCUCCGCCCAGGAGGACGAGAUAUCCGUGGACAGCAACAUCCCCUGGGGCGUGGACUCCCUGCUCACGCUGGUCUACCUGGACGGCAAGUACUGCCUGAAGACCCGCGACAGCCGCUUCCUCGGCCACGACGGCAGGCUGCUGGAGGAGGGCGGCCCCUCCGCCGCCUACACCCUGGAGUUCAAGUCCGGGAAGCUGGCCUUCAAGGACUGCGAGGGGAAGUACCUGGCGCCCACCGGCCCCACCGGGACGCUGCGGUCCGGCCGCUGCUCCAAGCCGGGCAAGGACGAGCUCUUCGACCUGGAGGAGAGCCACCCGCAGGUGGUGUUCCAGGCCACUAACAACAGAUUUGUCUCCAUCCGGCAAGGGGUGAGCCUCGCAGCCAAUCAGGACGAUGAGACUGACAUGGAGACCUUCCAAAUGGAGAUUGACAAGGAGACCAGGAAGUGCAUGCUGAGGACCAAUGGGGGAACGUACUGGACACUGGUCUCCCAUGGGGGCAUUGAGUCUACAGCCACAGAAGUGGCAGCCAACACCAUGUUUGACAUCGAGUGGCUGGGUCACAGGGUGGGUCUUCGUGCGAGCAACGGAAAGUACAUCUGCACCAAGAAGAAUGGACAGCUGGCCGCCGUCAGCGAUGCAGUGGGGGAGGGCGUAGCCAUUAACCAGUCCCCUAACUGCCCUCAGCGAUGCAGUGGGGGAGGGCGUAGCCAUUCUCGCUCUCUCUCAGGUGAGGAUGAGCAGUUUGUGCUGAAGUUGAUAAACCGACCCAUUCUUAUACUGCGGGGGGAGGAUGGCUUUGUGUGCCAUCACAAGAAUUCAAACACGCUCGAUGCCAACCGCUCCGUCUAUGAUAUCUUUGAUUUGCUGUUCAAUGACGGUGCCUACCACAUCAAAGGCGCCAGCGGAAAGUUCUGGUACAUCUCCAGCAGCGGGUUGGUGUGUUCGGACGGGGACACGCCGGAGGACUUCUUCCUGGAGUUCCUGGAGCACGGUCGGGUGGGCAUUAAGGGCAAGAGCGGCAAGUACGUGCGGGGCGACAAGGGCGGAACGCUGAUGGGGGAUGGCGAAACAGUGGAUGCUGCCUCACUCUGGGAAUACUGACCUCUUACUCGGCACCUGAGUGGGAGGGGGAGGGGGCCUGGCGGGGUAGGGGUCAGGAUGUUAGCCACUCUCCCCCAACUCCAGGAAAACAGCUGAGAGGGUGAAACAACAUGGACUUGGCAGUCCUGUCUUUACAUAUGAACAGCCGUGCGUAGUCAAGUUCAGACAACCGUUUUAGCACAACCACUAACUUGUGAAAACCGGUGAGAUUCUCUAGAAGAACGAUGCUUCCAGACAACCAGACGGGUCACACUUUGUUUUAAGCACCUGUCAAUGCUGAGAGAAAGUACAUAUACAUAAACAAUGCUUCUCAUGUAUUACAUAAAUGCUAACUAUAUGUAAUUUUUAAAUGACAAAUUGAAACAUAAGGCAAGUGUAAGAAUUUCAAAAUGGCAGGCCAUGUUUAUUCCUGAUUUACUAUCUAUGUAUAAGAACUGCCUUUUAAAAGAGACCCUGCAUAAUUAAUAAUUAUGUAAUUAUGCAUCUAUGCACCAUUGACAACAUAAACAGUCUUAAAAUGCAGUGUGGCCCCUUUUAUUACUGCUCUCUCUCAUCAAUGGUCUGAAUGGGAAGGACCAGUCAAAUGUUAGUCAAAAGGUUUCUGUACAUGCCUGACCUUUACACCGACAAGGUCAAUAUGUUAUGUAGUUUCGGUUUCUUGCUAGUUUCUUUUAACAUCCUAAAAAAUGAAGAUGAAACCUCUGCUUGAAUUCAGAUGUAACCAGUUGGGUGAAAAUAUGUACCAUUGAGAUGUAGAAAGGGGGUCGACUGUUUGUUGGGAAGGGCAAAAAGCCAAAGAAUUUGGCAGUGGAAACUACUGCAGCAAAGUAUAACUGAAGGUUUUCACUUGAGGUUUUUGAAAUCGCAAGGAUUUUGCUUUCGUCAUGAUGUCAGAUCAGGCAUCAGUAAUGACUAGCUCCUUCUGUGUAAAGCUGGACUCCUACAGUUGUAAAAUAUCAGAAAUUUCCCCAGUAGUUUCCGGUAGAGGUAAUGCUGUGUCCUGCCAAGGGGCCUUAAGAAAUCUCCCAUGAUGCCCUCCAGCCAGUUCCUCCUUCCUGGUUUUCCUUUUGCCCAACCCUCUAUUUUGCCAAUCCUGAUGAAAUGGUGGUCUAUAGUAUGAUGUAACUGAGGGUGUCGCAGUCGUAAAUUUGUUAGGAACUCAAUGUCAUUGAUCUAAAAAUUGUCCUAAAGCAGGGGCUCCCAAACUAAGGACUCUGGGGGACCACAAGAGAAAAUUACACAGAAAUAAAUAACACAGAGUGCUCUGCACUGCUUCCACUGCUUAUGAAUAGAUCUCUGGGACUGAUAAAGAGUCAGAAAAAUGUCAAGAAAUAAAUUUAAAAAACAAAAUAAUAAUAAUAAUAACCAUAAUUUUGUUUAUUUUUGCACUUUUCAGAAAUGACAUAUUUAGACAUAUUCAGAUAAAGAAAAGCUUGUCUGUCUGACCCAUCUUUGUAUAAUUAUUCAGUAUUUAUAUCAGAUUAAGUAGCUCCGUGUCUUCUACAGAUCUUGACAUCCUGAUUUAGACUUCCAUGAAGCGGUCACUCCAUUGCAGCCUGCUGUGUACGUUGGCUUAAGCUGUCAAACUUUAACAAUUUUACUGAGACAGCCACCAGAUGAUCACUUUUGAGAGCUUGUGAUGGACGUUUGGGAACCCCUGCUAUAAGGGAUGUGAGGUUUAGGACUGAACGCCUUGGUAUCAUUAACGCGAAACCCUUCAAUCAGAUUGCGAGGAGCUGUAGCCCAGGAAAAAGAGACUAGUACAGUAUAGCAUUGUUAUAACAUGGUCCAUUAUGACAUUUAAGUUCGGGAGGGUAUGUGUUUGGGUUUUUUUCCUUCGUUUUUUUUUUCAAAAAUGAUUUUCAAAUGGAUGAUGAUGAUGAUGAUGAUGAUGAUAAAUAAAAUAAUCAUCUUUCUCCAAAAA